AUGAUGGAACCGCCACCUUGCUCUAAAAAGAGCCUGUCUCUUUCGCUGCCGGUUCCCCGGGAGGGACAGGCGACCCUCAAGCCCCCCCAGCAUCUGUGGAGACAGCCACGGACCCCCAUCAAAAUCAAACACCGCGGUUACUCUGACACCGACCGGCAUCACCACCGACAGAUAGAGCGCUCAAAUGCCAUGGACACGAGUGACCGGCCGGGGCUCAGGAAGUCCCGCAUGUCCUGGCCAUCGUCGUUCCAUGGCACCACCAGCGCGUCCAUGAGCAACUGCGCUGGGAGCAAGCGCUAUGAUGGGGAGAAUGGUCCCUCUCCUGGCUGCAGCCCUAUGGAUUCGCAGGCGAUACCUGGGCUGGUGCUCCAUCCCUCCUUCCCUCAGAGUCAGAGAAGGGAAUCUUUCCUCUACCGCUCCGACUCUGACUACGACAUGUCCCCAAAGACCAUGUCACGAAACUCCUCCAUCAACAGUGAAGGUCAUGCUGAAGAUCUCAUAGUCACCCCUUUUGCUCAGGUGUUGGCUAGUCUACGAACUGUCAGAAGCAACUUCACAAUUCUCGCCAAUGUCACAACUCCCACCAACAAGAGGUCACCAGUGACCAGCCAACCCACGGUUCCCCCAGCAACGCUCUCAGAUGAGACAUACCAGCAGCUGGCCCGGGAGACUCUGGAGGAGCUUGACUGGUGUUUGGACCAGCUGGAGACCAUUCAGACCCACCGCUCUGUUAGCGAAAUGGCAUCCAACAAGUUCAAGAGGAUGUUAAACAGGGAACUGUCUCAUCUGUCUGAGAUGAGCCGCUCGGGAAAUCAGGUGUCUGAAUACAUCUCCACAACCUUCCUAGACAAACAGAAUGAGGUGGAGAUCCCCUCUCCUACACUCCGGGAGCGAGAUAAACCAAUGUCUCACAUCAGUGGUGUCAAGAAGCUUACACAUAGCUCGAGCCUCACUAGUGCAGCCCUGCCCCGCUUCGGGGUCAAAACGGAACAGGAGGACUCACUGGCCAGGGAGUUGAAUGACUUAAACAAGUGGGGCCUUAAUAUCUUCCAUGUGGCUGAGUACUCCAAUAACAGACCUCUAAGUUGCAUCAUGUUUGCUAUAUUCCAGGAAAGGGAUCUAUUGAAGACAUUUCGGAUCCCAGUGGACACGUUUAUCACUUAUGUGAUGACACUGGAAGACCACUACCAUGCCAACGUGGCCUAUCACAACAGCCUGCAUGCCGCUGAUGUCACACAGUCAACACAUGUGCUGCUCUCCACACCGGCACUGGAUGCUGUUUUCACUGAUCUUGAAAUCCUGGCUGCAUUGUUUGCUGCUGCCAUUCAUGAUGUAGACCACCCUGGAGUUUCCAACCAGUUCCUCAUCAACACCAACUCAGAACUGGCAUUAAUGUACAAUGAUGAAUCUGUACUGGAGAACCACCAUCUGGCUGUAGGUUUCAAGCUUCUGCAUGAGGAGAACUGUGACAUCUUUCAGAACCUCACCAAAAGGCAACGACAGAGUCUGCGCAAGCUAGUCAUCGACAUGGUUCUGGCAACAGACAUGUCAAAGCACAUGAGCUUGCUGGCAGAUUUAAAGACGAUGGUUGAGACCAAGAAAGUGACAAGUUCAGGUGUGCUGAUGCUGGACCAUUAUAAUGACCGAAUACAGGUCCUGAGGAACAUGGUGCACUGUGCUGACCUUAGUAACCCAACCAAGCCCCUGGCAGUGUACAGGCAAUGGACUGAGCGUAUUAUGGAGGAGUUCUUCCGGCAGGGCGAUAAAGAGCGAGAGCGUGGGAUGGAAAUCAGCCCCAUGUGUGACAAACACACUGCGUCUGUGGAAAAGAGUCAGGUGGGAUUUAUUGAUUAUAUUGUGCAUCCCCUGUGGGAGACCUGGGGGGACCUUGUCCACCCUGAUGCUCAGGAAAUUUUGGACACCCUUGAGGACAACCGGGACUGGUACCAAAGCACCAUUCCCCAGAGCCCAUCGCCACCGCCGGACGGCCCAGAUAAUGAGCUUGAAUCCUGCACGAACAAAUUCCAGUUUGAGCUCACCCUGGAGGGAGAGCCAGGACAGGACAGCACUCCCAGUCAUAACCACAUAGACAGCUGUGGUCAAGAGGCAAAGAAAGAAGACGAGGAGGCAGAUGAAGAGGCUGAGGAGGACGAGAUAGAGGAAAAAAUGGAGGACGGUGAGGAGGUGACAGAGGUCGUGGUCGAGAGGUCGGGACCGAGGCGACUGCAGGUUCAGUCAGUAGUUGAAGAGGAAGAUGAGAGACAGUCUGAUGAGAGCCCCGUGGAGGAGACGGAGGAGGAGGAGAAGUCAUCCUCUCCUACAGAUGACACGUAAUACUCAAGACUGAAGGAACAGCUGUCUGGCCCAGGGGGCUAAGUAGGGGCAAUUCUUCAAAAACUCUGUCCCAAUUCCGCUCACAUAGGACUCUUCUGUUUCUGCUAGCUAGACCAUGAACAGAAUACGUCUUGUGUGCCAAUCCAAUAAGACAUUUGAUUUUAUUUUUCAAAAAGGGAACAAAAUAAUAUUGAUAUCAUAGAAGUAUUGAACACAGCAACUGUAGAUUUGGAGUGCGAGCUGGAGUCCGUCCAGCAGCAGCAAGGGUGAGGUUUGACAGAAAACCAGAAUUGCGGUGGGGUUUGUAAAGGGCCAUUACGUCAGUGUAGCACUCUGGAAUUUCUACACAUACACAAACACACAUCCACAGACAUACAUGCCUACAUUUUAACCUUAUAUAACAAUACCACAGCACAUGCAAACACACAGCUGUGUGUCUGUGUAUGUGUUCAGGGGGCUUGGAUCUGAAAGGAAUCUCUUUGGGAAAAAGCCAUCAUAAAAAGGAGCAUCAGUGUCAAUAAUCAGUUUUUAAAGCAUUCUAACAGCGACUUGAAUCCUCAGAAUUCACACGCUGAGUGAAAUCUGAGACUCUUUUUCAAUUUCUGUCAUAGAGAGAACACAGUUGCAUCUGCCGGGAGAAAAUAAGAUAACGUCUGCUGUCCAGAAGACUGUGGAGGGAUGAGUAUGUCGGAAAUGAUUUGUUAGUGGGUCCCACCCCCUCUUACCCUUUACCCAGGAGUGCUACCAGUGCAAGAUGGCCGUGUGCCUUUCAGAAACACCAGCUUCAACUCUGGAGCUGUUGUGAAGCAAUGCAUCGUGGGACAGGGGUGUCUGCUUUUGUCUUCAUUUUUGAUUGUCUCUUUCUCUUUUUAAGCAAUCUAUCUCCAUUGAAUAUGGUUCGUGCCAGCAUGGAGCAUUCACAUUGUCUUUGCAAUAGUUCCUGCUCUCAUCUGUCAGUCUUCCUCUGUUGCGUUCAAGCCAACCAAGCA